AUGGACCAUGAAAACAGCAAAUCAUCCUCCGAGGCCGCGCCCGACCAACCGUCCAGCCAGCUGGAGGCACAAAGCCCGAUCGAAGAGGAGAAACGCAAGAGGAAGGGCUCACUAUCCGAUGACCGUGUGGACGAUGAUGACGAGAAUAAAAGACUCCGACGAGAGAAUGACGACAGGAAUUCCCCACCCCAACGCCGGUCACAAUCUCCUCCCCGCCAACCGCGAGAUGCUCCUCCUCACAGUUCGGAGCAUGAGCCGAGGCCAUCAGUAACGCAGGAGGAUAAAAAGCGUGGCAGGCGUUUGUUUGGAAGCAUGCUCACAACCAUCAGUCAAACGGGAAGCACCUCCCAGCAGAAGCGUCGGCGGGAGAUUGAGCGACGACAGCAGGAAAAGAUCCAGCAGCAGUCGGCCGAGGACAAAAAGUUUCGGGCGGCGAAGAAGGCCGAGUUGCAUACGAUUCGAAUGGAGCAGCAGAUAUACUAUGAGGAACAGGUGAUGCGUAGCAGACACGCGAAGCAGCUCAAGAUGUCGCAAUUCCUGCGGACCAGGACAAGUCCUUCCAUAUACUACCUCCCGUGGAAACUUGCGCGCAGCGAGGAAGACAUCAUCGAGGACCAGACCAGGGACACCAAGGCCUCCAUAGCCAGAGAGCUGGAAGAUUUCAAGUGGAGAAAGGAGCAGCACCUCCAACGGUACGGAACGAAGCGGUCGCCGGAGAUGAAACCGACGGAGUCGUCUCCCGCACGCGAGGCCGAGGCGGAUGCUGGAGCGCUACCGCCACCGUCUCCGAAGCCACCGUCUCCUGCCACAGCGCCUCAAGCCGAGCCCAUGAAAAGCGAUCCGAUGGAGGCGCAUGACCCUCACCAUGACGACGACCUUCAUGAUGACUCGGGUGAUAUUCUCGUCGAGGGAGAAGAGGACAUGGUCAUAUACUGA